AACAACAAGUCAGUGUUUUGAAGGAAACCCUGAAUCACAUUUUGGAGCCAGAAGCGAUUCCUUCACUUUGCAUCUUGUUUGAUUGUCUGCAGUGAUUUUCCUAAAGUAUUUAGAACAGAUGCAGAGGAUUUUUUUUUUCCUCAAGGAAAUUCUCUCAUUUCCACGUCAUAGACUGAAGAGACCGUGCUCAGUUGCUGGUUCAGUUUCAGCACUAUGUGCGUUUGCUUUGCACAUCGCAUCAACUAUGGCCAUGCUGAUCUGGACCUCCAUCUUUUUGUGGAUUUCUCUUAGAAGUCUGUCUUCAGGUGAAAGAUCAGAGACCUGUCCACACCAGGAGAAACCAACAUCAUGUGAAUUUAUUUCAAGAAGUCUCUGUUUGGAGUUUGUUGUGGAACCAAAGACCUGGUCCCAGGCCAAGACUAGCUGUGAAGAGAGAGGGGGGAAGCUCCUGCAGGAGUUGAACAGCCCUGCAAAGGUUCUCCUGACCAGAAUUAUCCAAGAAAGAAGGUUCAACAACAUGACAUGGUGGAUGGGAAAAAGGGUCCGAGUUGAGAACAGAAACCCCGAUCUGAAUGAUGGGGAUUUUUCCAUGGAUUCAUGUGGAUACAUAAAGCUAAAUCCUCUUAAGAGGCUGUCAUCUUACUGCAGUGAGACUCGGGGCUUCCUCUGCACCCACCGUCUAAUCUCUGCAACAAGAACAAAGAAAACGUCUCCAUCCAGUCAUGCGAGCAAACCUCGACUCAGAAGAAGUUUUCUGAGUAGCAUGGUUUCAAAUAUUGGAAACAUUUCUGGACUGUUAGAAAAUGCAAAGAACGAACUCGAAAGAAUGGAGACGACAGCAGGCGAGCCCACAAAUGAACACCGGGAUCAGUUUCUUCAGAAUUUGUUGGCUGGCACAAAAAAAGCACAAUUACUAGGGCCGGCAGGUUUACCAGAUCCGGGUGAAGUAGACACCAUCAUUAACUGCAGCUUUGCCAUCUUGCGCCUUUCACAGGGAAAAUGUGACUUAGCCACCAACCCAAACCCCUCAUCUCUGGUUGAGAAAGUCUUUGAGAUUAUUGAGAUAGCCUCUUUGCUGAAAGGUCAAGACAAUCCAGAUAUCGGUCAAACUGUCAUCAAGCAUCCAACAGGCAAAAUCUAUCAGAAAGCCUACAAAUCUCAAGACCUGAAUCGUGCAGUGCUGGGUUCAGAGGAGAGUGGGGAGUACAUUCAGCUCCCCUCAUUUUCGGCGCUGUCUUCACAACUCGCAAAUUACAGUACAGUCACCACACAGAUGACCACAAUGUCGAGUAACCCUUUUCCAUCUACUGGCAACAUAUCAGGACCUGUUUGUAAUUUGCUGCUUACCCAUGAAAGCUCAACCAUUGAGCUGUCAAACCUGCCAGAGAUGAUUGAGAUCUUCUUGCGUCGCUCGGACAAUUCAUCUGUGACAAACAACACAUUUGUGUUGGAAAACGACCUCAAAUCUGUGAUUUCCUUCAACGUCUCUGAUCCAGAGGUGACCGUCAUCUUUGACAUGGAGCCGAGUGUCAACACGUCCUUUGCUGUGACUUUAGCAUAUGACUCGCCCCCUAACUCUACUUAUUUCACUAAUAAAACUGUUUUGAACCAAGCAGGAGGCUAUCGCUGGAUGAUAACCCCAGAAAUGUUUCAGGAGAAAACUGGGGUCUGGUAUGUUGACACGAGGCUUAAUUCGACACAGGAGUCGAGCGUGACGGUGUCGCUGACCUCUCACAUGAGCAAGUGCGUGUAUUGGGACACAGUAAAGCUGGAUUGGAGCACCGCCGGCUGCAGGGUGGGACAAAAGACCAGCCCGGUGCUCACGCACUGCAUGUGCAACCACCUGACCCUCUUUGGGAGCUCCUUCUUUGUGAUGCCAAACCAGGUGGACAUUUCUCGCACAGCAGAGCUGUUCGCCACCGUGAAUGAGAAUUAUGUGGUGCUCGCCCUGCUGUGCACCUUCUUCAGCCUCUACCUGAUCACACUGCUGUGGGCCUGCUAUGCCGACCGCAGGGCACGCUCUAAGAGGAAGAUGACUCUGCUGGAGGACAGCCACCCAGGAGCUCAGUACAACUACCUGGUUUGUGUCCAAACAGGACAUCGCAAGAAUGCAGGAACUUCUGCAAAUGUCACACUGAAGCUGGUCGGCUCAGACGCAGAGAGCAGCAUCCACCACCUGACCGAUCCCGACAAGCCGGUGCUUGAGAGAGGGUCCUGCGACAUGUUUCUCUUGUCCACUCCCUUCCCUCUGGGGGAAGUACGACACCUGCGGCUGCAGCACGACAACUCUGGAGGCCACCCAUCGUGGUACGUUAAGAAGGUGACCAUACAGGACCUCCAAACCCAUCAAGUGUUUCACUUCUUCUGCGACUGCUGGCUGAGUUCUGACCGAGGAGAUGGCAUGACCAAGAAAACCUUCAACGCUGCAAAGAACAACGAGAUCGCCAGCUUCAGGAAUAUAUUCCAGACAAGAACCUUAACAGGUUUUAGGGACGAACACAUCUGGGUGUCCAUCUGGGAUCCCCCCUCGCGCAGCCCCUUCACGCGGGCACAGAGAGUGUCCUGCUGCAUGUCCCUGCUCCUGUGCACCAUGGCCAUCAACAUCGCCUUCUGGAACAUUCCUGAGGAUCUCAACUCACCAGAACUCUUCUCAUUAGGUUCUUUGCAUAUAACUCAGCAGGACUUCAUGGUGGCGGUGGAAAGUGCUGCCCUCAUGUUCCCAAUCAACAUUCUCAUCAUCACCAUCUUCAGAAGCAUCCGACCCCGUGUGGUUUCAGCAUCUAAAAAGGACGAUGGCAUUGAGAAACCAAAACCCUUCGCACCCAGUGUACCAACAGUCCUUAAGGAAAUUGAGGAGGUCCUUUACUUGUUGAGCAUGAGUCCGAGAAACAAAGUGUCAGGAGUAAUCGGCCUGGAGUCUGCUGCUGACUUUGGCCCUGCGUUGCAGAGGGUGCAUGACUUAAUCCACUACAUGCAAGGUGAGAGUUUGAGUGACAACCACUUGGUGUACUGCAGCAAGUUCCUCCUGGCUGCUCUCUGCCACCUCCUCCUGUGUCUGGAGAAGCUGGAUGGAAGACACUUUCCAACUCCAAAGGAUUACCAGGACGCCCUCAGCAGCACCAACCUGCUGGUUCGCAAAACGGAGAUGGUCUUCAGCAGCCACCAGUCCAACUGCCCACCUCCAGUGAGGAAGAAGAAGAAGGAGUCUACAGGCUUCCGCCUGCCCUGGUGGUGUGUGUUCAUCGGGUGGUUCCUGCUGCUGUCCAUCAGUGCAAUAUCCACCUACUUCACACUGUUGUACGGUUUUCAGUACGGCAGGGAAAAGUCCAUCAAGUGGGUGAUGACUUUGGGCCUGUCGCUGUUUGAGAGCAUCUUCAUUUUGCAGCCUCUGAAGGUGAUAGGGGUAGCUGUGUUUUUUGCCAUGCUGCUGAAACCAGUGGCCGUGGAGGAGACUGAGGAAGCAGAGCAAGUGCUGUCAGCGCAACAAGAGAGGUGCAGAAAAUACACUGGCAGGGAGUCCCUGUGAAGACCCAACUUGGCGCCGGAUUGCCCUUCCUCUCCAUGAAAGCCACCACUGCACUUAUCUUCUAUGUCUGCCCUUUUGGAGAAUUUACCCACUACAUAAUAUUCUAGUGUUUAAACAUCUGCAAAAUGUCCAUUUUUUUGUGGGAGAGGCAGUUUUUGUCUAAUUUAAAGAAAUGAUAUUAAAUGUAAAGUAACUAUAAUCCUGUUUCUGAAGCUUUAGAUGUUCAAUUUCCUUUAAAAAAAAUAUUGCUAUGCUUUUUAGGAGCUGAAAACAAAUUUAAAAAUUGCCAGAUCUCAGACGUUUGCAGGACACUUAUGGUUAGUUGUAUGUGAAAUAAUAGUUUAGCAAAAGAAAGUAAAUUUGAAUGUAAAUCUCAAUUGACAGCUUGAAUGUAGCUUCAUUAAUGCAUUGGAAAGGAGAUCAAUUAAAGAGGGGAAAUGCUGACACUGACACUGCUGACACAUACUGGAGAUGACAAAAUCAUUUUAUAUUUACCAUAAAUACACAAAUCCCCCACUUUACCAGCUAUGUAAUUGGUAUUCGAGGUUUCCUGCUGCAUCACAGGGACCGACAACCAACCCCAGUCUGUGAAUUUAAUGCAAACUUUGUAAUGUUGUCUAAAAAGGUGCACUUAUGUAAUUGCACAUGUGAAAACUAAUGGUUAAUUGAUCACUUUUUUCAUCACAUUUUGCUUCCGUCACUGGGAUGCAUGCUGAAAGUGCACGCUAAACCUUUACAUCAUUCAUGGCUGCUUCUUUAGGAGUCAGUCUGCCACCCUUUGAAUGAUUCAUGCCGCUGGCCCAACUACUUUCAAGUUUGUUCUUCUAUUUUCAAACACCUCAUGUGUGUUUCCCCUGUGCUCUUAUUUUAAUCAUGAAGGAUAUUCUGGUUUUAUUUCUUGUUACUAUAUCUAUGGAGUCUUAAUAAAAGGACCUCUUAGCAUCGUAAUCUGUGUUUGCUCUGUGGCUUUGUUGUGACUUUUUAUUGUAACUCAACACACACCGCAAGCUAAUGAAAGGACUUUAUCAGCAAAAAAAAGUUUCUAAUUUUGAAGGCAACAGUUUUUGACACGGCUUUAAGCAUCAUGUGACAUCCUGCUAUGGUUAUAUGUAAUAAUUUUACUUAAUGUAACCUUAAGCAAAAAAACUCUUCAGAACUUCUUCAUUUUUUUUUUUUUUUUUUUUAAGGAAAUAUCCCUGAAGUUCUUUUUGCCUUGUAGACUUGGGUUCAAAUCCUGGUUAAAGCAAACUUUCAGGCUCUACUAUGAGCCUGGAUCACCAAGGUGUGAGCUAAGGUCUUGUUGGUACCAGGACGUGCUGAGCUAUAGACCAGAAUACAUGUGGGGCUGGAACAUGCAAAGAAACUGAAGAAAUGGAACAGAAAGAUACAGGACACUGAUCCAUUGGUGUACUCUCAUCCACCCACCAGACUUGAACAAAAGUGAAGAAGCAUCUGGGAGAUAGAAAGUCACCAUAACUUCAGACCAGAACAUUAUGUCCUACAGGAAGGAAAUCCAGUAACAAUUACAGUAGCAGACAUCCAAGAAAGAGUCAAAGGAUUGAAGAACUGAAGAACAGCAGGUCCUGACAUGAUUC